AUGGCAAAGGCAUAUUUCAACCAACUAUUCGAAGCAAAAGAAGGCGCUCAUGAGCAUGGUCUCUCCAUCAUUCAACCGAGAGUAGCAAAUAAGGACAACGAGAGAUUAUUAGCCCCUAUUACGAAAGAGGAGCUGCACAAGGCACUACUUCAAAUGCAUUCAGACAAGUCACCGGGUCCGGAUGGAUUUAAUUCGGAUUUGAGGCCUAUCUCUAUGUGUAAUGUGGUGUACAAGAUGGUGGUACAACUUCUAGCAAAUAAGCUGAGAGGUUGUCUAUCUAAACGUGUAUCAGAAGAACAAUCGGCAUUUGUGGUAGGAAGGUCAAUACUUGAAAAUGCGCUCAUAGCCAUCGAAAUCAUUCAUGCACGAAAAAGAAAGACGAGAGUACUUGUUAAUUCGGAUAGAGUUGGACCAAUUCAACCAGGAAGGGGAUUGAGACAGAGAGACCCGCUUUCUCCAUAUCUUUUUAUCCUUGUAGCGGGCCAUAUAACUGAAGCUAACCACAUUAUGGAGAUUCUUAGAUUAUAUGCAGAGGCACUAGUAGAGGUGUUCUUCAGCAGGAACACUAGUAGACCAGCACAGGAGGACUUGUCAAGAAUCACAGGGAUUCAUCAUGUGUUAGGAACAGGUACAUACUUGGGACUACCGUCAAUGGUUGGGAGGAGCAAGAAGGAGACAUUUACAUACAUUAAGGAUUGCGUAUGGAAGAGGAUCAACUCAUGGAGAGGAAGACCGCUAUCUAAAGCCGGGAGGAGGUGGACUUUUGGUGAUGGUAGAUCAAUCAAAGUGAUGACGGAUCCUUGGAUAAGAGAUUCAGCUCAUGGAAGGAUAUGUGCACCGCAAUCCCAAGGUGCGUAUCAUAUUAACGUGAACAGUCUUAUGCUUGAGAAUGAGAGACAAUGGGAUGCUCACAAGGUCAUGAAUUUAUUUUCAUAUGAUGCAGUUGAACAAAUACUAGCAGUACUGUUGGUUAUGGAAAUUCAACAAGACUGA